AUGUCAACUCCACUGCCCCAGGAGAUACCCUUGCCUCAGCUCAACCAACAAACCCUCACUGUCAGGAAUGUGACCGAUCGAAUGCCCGUAGAAAUCCUUGCGUAUAUAUUUCAGUUUUAUAUCGACUUGUCCGUCAAUGCCACUCGGGGUGUUGGUGUCCCCCCCGAGGACGUUCUUCCUCUAGGUGCUGUAUGUCAACGAUGGCGCAAAAUUGCCUGGGAAUCUCCUCACCUGUGGAAUAAUCCUCUGUUCAAAAUAAAACCGCGCUCCACAACGGCAGCGCAAAUGGUACAGCUUGCAAUUGAGUGGCUUGGCCGCUCCGGAAAUCGUCCUCUUUCAAUCAAUAUUUUUGGGCCAUUGGAACCUGGGCCAUUGGAACCCGAGUUGCAGCAGGAUCUUCAGAUUUUCGCCCCUCUUGCAGAUGCCAUCUGUGAGGUCCUUCAUCGUUGCCAGAAACUCAUUCUAUCGGGGCUGAGCACCUCCAUGCUUGCACGUAUCUCUGCGGAGCGCCCCUUUGAUUCACCAUGUCUCUUGAGGGAGUUGGGGAUAUACUGCAUCUUAGAAGACCUCUCCGACCCAUUGGCUGUCAUCAAUUUUGGGAAUGCAGCACCACUCUCCCUGACCCUUGAACUAUUUAAACUGGACCGCUUUUCCAUAGACUGGAGCAAUCUUACUGAAUUUGUUUCGAGUUACUUAUCUCUCAAUGAUACCUUUAAGGUACUUACCCUGGCUCCUAGGCUUGUUAAACUCCGCCUUUUCAUUUACUCCAACGACGUUGUUCAAGAGAUUCCCAACGGAACCUUGGCAGGAACCACAUCCUUGCGCUGUGCAAACCUACAAAACCUCUAUAUAGACGCCUAUAGUGAAGAUCCUGAUAGUAGCGCCGCAAACACCCCGAUUGUUUCUGCCUUUCUCAGGAACCUCAUACUCCCAAAUCUGACUAUUUUCGGUGUCCAGCACGCUCCUCCUUUUCCAGCAGAAGAUUUUUUGGACUUGGUUGACCGUUCCCGUUGCACCAUCACGGAACUUUCUCUCAACUACGGAUGUAUCUCGGUUGAUGACCUUGUCCUUCUUGCAGAAUCUCUUACCUCGGUCACAUCCUUUUUUUUUCACCUCAAACCGACCGAUUCUGAUAGCGCUUGGGGACAGAUGGCACAUUUGGAAGACCUGUUGGAGGCGUUCUGCUUAGACGAUCAGUUCCACGACCUUUCAUCUGAAGACGAUGUGUUGUUUCCAAACCUGAAGCAUAUCUUUGUAGCAUCAGGCGCAAUGCCGCUUCCUUUAGAGCUUCUCCCUCGACUAAAAUUGAGACACUGUUAUAUGGCUGCCCAAGUGGGGAAAUAUUCCCCGUAA